AUGGAUAGCCAGGACGAGCUACAUCACGCGCUGGCAACAGCUGAGCAAUUUUGGGCGGUCGCGAUAAUCUUGCUGAUAUUCAUCUUGGGACCUGAUGUCACACAGCGCGGCGAUAUAUUUCCACGAUACUACAUCAAGUCUACUCGAUGGCCAGGAAUGGUGACUGUGCUAUUCGGACCUGUACUCGCCAGUAUCAUCAUAUAUCUCUGGCUAAGGUUUCGCUUCACGUAUUCAGAGCUCCUACCUGGGUGUCGGCCUCUUGAAUACUCGGCGUCAGUGGUGGGCCUUAGCCCAGUAGCUUGGGCAUGCAAUUUGGAGAGGCUAUCGCAGUGGGCAGCGAUCGUUGCGAAAGAAGGCAUCACAGCUCAGUCGCUGCUAUCAUUGUGGAAGAUGGCUUUCGUGCAGGACGUGGUUGCAGGCGUCGGCUUUGUGGCAUUCACUACCUGGCUGAAGAUAUAUUACCCAUACCAUCUUCACAAGCUGAAUACUCGGGAGAGCGAUCACGGAGAUGACAAGACUUCCACCUCCCCUGCAGAUUCUGGCCCGCGUGAUGGAGAGUCUCUUGUAUGA